AUGCCUAACUUACGACGCUCACCUCCCUUAAGUAAAUCCCAUAGCAUGUCGGAAAGCGAUGUCGAUAAAGCGGGUCCCUUCUCCGUGUCUCGAGACGAAAUCGUGCACAUAACUCAAAGAGACCACAAACGCCGGCGGGUUGCAGAUGAGUGUUCUGAAACAAGUGAUCUACGGCAAAUUGUACGGGAAGAAUUGCAUGAGAUGAUAUGUGCCUUGCAAUCUCAACAAAAUUCGCGAUUGGACGUCUUAGAGAAAUAUAUUUCAGAAAUCAAAUUACAAAAUGACACAACGCAUAGGAACCACCUGGAUAUUGAAAAGUCAAUUGAAUUUGUUGCUUCAAAAGUAGACGAUAUCCAGGUAACUAUAAAUCGUUUGGAAGAGCAGCGGAAGGAAAUUGCAUCACAAAUAGCACAUAUUGAAGAGAAAUGUGAAACUCGAGAAAGGCUUUCUCGUAAAACCAGCGUCCUUAUACGCAACAUACCGAAACAGAAGUCUGAAACAAAGGAAAAACUCUUUGAAAUGGUAAAGAAAUUAUCCACCACCCUUGGAAUCAAGAUAGAGGAAUGUGGGAUGCGCGACGUUUACCGUACGCCAUCCAAGCCGAACCAGAACACCACGGGGAUAAUAGCUGAGUUCACUUCGACCCUCUUAAAAGAAAAGUUACUUACUGCAGCAAAAACUCACAAACUCAAUUCACUCCGAUUCAAGACAGAGCAGCUGAACUCAUCUCAUAUGGGCUUAGACAGGCCUAAAAUGGACGAUACGCAAUCGAUAAAAGUCAUCAGUGUUGAGCUACCGUGCGAGAGCUGGCGCAGGAAAGCCACACAUCUGGAAUGGCAAUCAGAACAGAUCGGGGAAAGAUACUACAUUUCACGUCAAUCAGAUACCGACAUCCUGUUACAACUAUUUGUAAAAGAGUUGAAUGACGUCGUCUAA